AUGUCUUCCGAUUCCAACUUCGUGCUGCCAGGCGACAGCAUUAACCCAUCUCUUAUUCCUUCACAUCCUAAGAAGCCUCUCCGACUCGGUCCUGGUCUGCGACAUGUGCCUCCCAAUGACAUUGUUCCUACGCUUGCUGGCCAACUUAUAACCGACCGAUCAAAGAAUGCAAUUCGAGUAGAGAAUGCUCGGGGCAGGUAUACACCUCGUGUCGGUGAACUCGUCAUCGGAACCGUCCAGCGCAGCGCCGCAGAUUUCUUCUACGUUACCCUCUCCGACUACACCGCGCCCGCACUUCUCCCACAACUCUCCUUCGAAGGUGCUACAAAGAAGACUCGUCCCCAACUUGCUGCGGGUGCAUUGGUGUAUGCGCGCAUUGGCCUCGCCAACCGCCACAUGGACCCGGAGAUAGAAUGUGUUUCUUCAUCAACCGGAAAAGCCGACGGUCUUGGUCCCUUAACAGGUGGAAUGCUCUACAACGUAUCACUUGGAAUGGCACGCCGGUUGAUGAUGCCCAAGAGCGUGCAAGAAGGUCGUGUGGCGGUGCUGGAAGAGCUCGGCAAUGCAGGCCUUCAGUUUGAGACAGCAGCAGGGCGCAACGGCAAGUUCUGGGUUGACAGCGAAGACGUGAAAACAGUCAUUGCUGUGGGCAGGGCAGUCCAAGAGACGGAUGAGAAAGGACUGGAUGUGGAAGACCAGAAGAAGCUGGUAAGAAGAAUCAUCAAAGACCUGAGCUAA